UUAGUGUGGGCAAAAUUAGGUUUGUAUGAUUUCAGUAUAUCUCGGAAUCUGCAGAGGCAUAGUACACAGUGAGUCGUGGUCAAGCAGUGAAGAAUGCUAAUCGUCGUAAACUUUUUUGGGAGCUGGGGCUUGGUCUAUAAAUCCAUAAAGCGUUUAGGCCUUGGUGUGAAAAUUACUAGUCCCGUACACAAGUCUACAAAUAACUAUGCUAGGUAUCGGGUUGUAAUCCCAAAUCUUUACUUUAGUCUUGGGUGAAAUCCCUCAACUAUUCUUGGUCCUGCUUCGGUGGUUCUUCGGGUA